CUGGCACCAGGCUCUUUCCCUAGACCUGCCAAUCAGGACUCCCCGGAAAUCUGGGGACUUCCGAAGGGGAGGCCUCUGCUCCUCCCCAGGGGCCACACGCCCCCUCGCACACACCCUCCCGCACGCACACUCCGGCACCGGGGCCCGCCAGGCGCUGCUCGCAAGCUCAGCCCCUGCCCUCCGCGCGCCCCGGGCCCAGCCGCCAGGCCCCUUCCCCGGCACCCGCUCCCCCGCCCGUCGCCGAGGCUCCAGAUGGCGGCUCCUCCAGCUCGGCUCGCGGCCCCCAGACGCCGCCCGCAGCAGCCGGCGGUCGCUCCCUCCCUCCCAGCUGCUGCGGCGAGACCCGCGCGGGGCGAGGAGGGCGCGCUCCUCUGCAAACCUCGGCUGGGGCGGGAGCUGGGCCCCGGGGGGCGCGCCGAAGCUGCGGUCGCCGGGCAGGAGCCGCAGGCACCAGCAAUGGAAGAGGAAAGGCCAGGCGAGGCAUGAAACUUCCAGACUUGGCGCCUCACUUUCUGCCCCAAGCUACUCUUCCCAGUUCGGAGUGCACACACACCGACAUGCAUCUUUGCACUUUGUUUCUGUCUGAAGAAGAGAAAAGGUGGCGCAGGAGAGGAAGCAGAAGCACGGAGUUGCUAACUAACCCAAGCAAGCAGUCCAGCCGAGAUCCGGACCCAGGCUUGCCCUUUGGUGUAAUCACAGCCACCCUGUGAGAUCGAUGUUUUUGCUGUUUUACAAAUGAGGAUACUAAAAAUCCAGAGACAUUUGGUGAUUUGCGCAAAGACACACAGCUAGUAGAUUGCAGACCUGGGUUCAAACGUGUUUCAGACCCCAAAUUUCGAGUUCUUCACCACUGCCUCUGGGAUCCUUCGAAGGAAGCUCACUGAGGAGCGCACAGCUGACCUCUGCCAGGAGGCUCCUGCAGGGCGGGAGGGUCACCGAGCCUGAGACUGCGGGGUCCGCUCAGGGCUGGGCCGUGUCUGCGCCAAAGUGACUAGAGGCCAGGGAAGCGGCUCUGCCCACAAUGCUUUGCACACAGCCCAUGCGGGGGCGAGGGGGUGCGGGGCUGCGGGUUGCCAAGGUGGAGCCCGCCCUGCUGGAAGCCCUAUGCCAACCACGUGGCUGCACUUCCUAGACGUGUGUGUGUGUGUGUGUGUGUGUGUGUGUGUGUGUGUGUGUGUGGUGGGGGGAGGGGAGGCUGCCCACCCUGCCUCUGAGCCCUGGCCCGCCACGUGGAGGCCCCAGCCAGGACGGAGCGGGCUCAGGGUCCCCCAGGUUUCUCAGCCCCCCAGGCCUCGGCUCUCUGGCCUGGGCACUGGAGUUCACCAGCGCUGCGCUCACUGCUCCUGGGCUCCCCCACCACGUGGAGACGCCCCCGCCCUGGCCAACCCGGAGAGAGGCCUGGGGGACAGCCCGGGGCUAGAAGCCAAUGCACAGUCCCAGGCCGGAAACUGCUGGCUCCCCCGUAAGCGGGAGGCGGGACUGUGGCUGCGGUGGGAACCGUCGGGCCGCCCUUCGCGGUAAAGGACUUUUGAGCCCGGGCGCGGAUUCCUCCUGGCUGCUCUGUCCUCCUGCAUCUCCCGGAGCUCCGUGGAGCCAGGGAGACAUCUGCAGCCUCCACUGUGCGGCCUUGAAAGCGGGCGCACAAUCCAGUCCCCGCCUUCUGUAAUGGAGACGCCGAGAAGGUGCUGUGACAGUUCACAGCCACCGUGGCCAGCACUGAGAUCAGGGCUCGGGAAGCUGCUCUCUGCGCUCGCUGACUCUCCCCUCAGCCGUCGCAAAAGCCUCCGGAGAGGGUUUCCUGCGUCGCCGUCAGUUCACAGAGGAAGGCCAGGGGCACAGACAGGUUACAUCACCUGCCCGGCCUCCCCAGCCAGGAUUCGAGCCCUGGCCCUCUCCUUCUCCUGAUGGGUGCUGUGGCCUGAGCCUGAGCGGUUGAUCCUUUUGGGUCAGUUCUCCAGACUUCUCACCAAGGAGGAUGUUUCCUAGCGAAGGCAGCAGAGACCUCCCGGGGAUGUCCAAGGCUGAAAUGAAAGCAGCCCCCGCUCUUGGAAGCAGGCCCUUACCAUCUGCUCAGCAACUGGCUCUCUACAGUGCGCUUGCCCUGGGCCCGCACUGCGUCCAUGGAGACAGGGAGGCAGCGCCUGCCAGCCCUGUGUGCCCGAGGAGGAAAACCAAGGCUGGGGAGGGCGCUGUCUGCUCACACAGUAAGUGAUGGGAAAGUAGCCCAGCACCCUGUGAAAGGCGGUGGGGACAUGCAGUGGGGGUGAGGGGUAGGGUUGGUGAAAAGGAACAUAGCUGUUCCUGGAAGCCCAGCCACGCCACCUCAAGUCGCCUUUCCUAGGGGAAAGGGGUCGCCUAGCAGGAGGCAAGUAUUGGCAUUAAUUCCAGGGAGGAGAAACGGGGCUGGAGAACAUGGCUGGCCCGUAAGUGUGCUUGGUCGCUGCUUGGUCCUUGGAGGGUCCUGCAGUGCCCGGAGCACACUACUGGGUGGUCUCUUUCUGCCCCGCGGUGAUGGUUUGCACGUGCUGCUUCUAAAAGAGCUACGCCCAGCUGAAGAUGGCUUGUCUUGUUCUGCUCAGUCCCCUGCCAGGGCUCUGCACUCUUGGUGAGUCAUCCCAAACAUAGUCUGAGCAGUGUCUGUGUCUUCCUGAUGCGGUGGGGUAGUGCCUUCCCUGGGUCUAUACCAGACACCUUAUUAGCCUAUGUGGAAGCCCAUCUCUGUCAUUUGACCUUGUCUGCAUACUUCACUCUUUGGUGGUGCCCUUUCCUGAGCUAUGAACACCACCGAAUUCAGACAGGAAUUGUCUGGGUCUAGCAGGUACCUCCUUGCCUUGCCUCGCCACCCAAAUGCUGAAUCCAAAUGCAGCUGUGGGUGGCUUGGGGGACAGAGCACCUAAUUCAGCCCCCCAGGGAAGAAAUGGAACCUGCUGCCCUGUCUCAGUGCAUUGCCUCCCUCAAGACAUCUCCACAAGCUCAGAGGAUCCCCGCUUGUCUGGAAACAUUCACUUCCUGGGGUCUAACUAAGGAGCAGAGAGUUGAACUGCGAGAAAGAACCCCAGAAUCCCCAGCGAAAAUGCGUGGGGGCCCCUGUGGAAGGAGUCAACUUUCAGGCUGUUAAAGACCUCAAGUCAUCAGCAUCAGCUGCAGCCCUAAGGGGGCCAUCCAGCGCCUCUAAGUGGCUUAGCGCACAAACCAGCUCCCCAGACGGCCGCGGCCACUCCACCCGCUCUGCCACCACCUUCCGCCACCGGCUGGACGGGAACAUCGCUCCGGCGCACAUCUGGCUCUCUUCCCUCUCUUUAGGCAGAGCCUACUAGACAGCAAUACUAACACCUCCUGACAUGGAAAUACACUGAUACAAUAGGCGGAAGAAACACUCCGUAGCAUCUCCGGGUUCCAGGUGGCGUUUUUGGCCGUUGCAUCCCGACCCGAUUACUGGGAUGGAGGAUUCAGGCAUCCAGCGAGGCAUCUGGGAUGGAGAUGCCAAGGCCGUCCAACAGUGUCUGACAGACAUUUUCACCAGCGUGUACACCACCUGCGACAUUCCUGAGAAUGCCAUAUUCGGGCCCUGCGUCCUGAGCCAUACCUCCCUGUACGACAGCAUAGCUUUCAUAGCUCUCAAGUCCACCGACAAAAGAACAGUUCCUUAUAUCUUCCGGGUGGACACCUCAGCUGCAAAUGGUUCCUCGGAAGGUCUCAUGUGGCUGCGUCUGGUGCAGUCAGCCAGAGAGAAAGAGGAGCAGAACCUGGAAGCCUAUAUAAAAAACGGACAGCUGUUCUACCGCUCUCUCCGCAGGAUUGCCAAAGACGAGGAGUUGCUAGUUUGGUACGGCAAAGAACUGACUGAGUUACUCUUGCUCUGCCCCUCUAGACCCCACAGCAAAAUGAAUGGGUCGUCCCCUUACACAUGCCUGGACUGCAGCCAACGUUUCCAGUUUGAAUUUCCCUUUGUGGCGCACCUGCGCUUCCGCUGCCCCAAGAGAAUUCACAGCGCGGAGAGGAGCCCCCCGGACGAGCAAGGCGGCGGCGUGGGCACCAAGGACCACGGGGGCGGCGGCGGCAAGGACCAGCAGCGGCAGCCGCCGGAGGCGCCCUUGGGCCCAGGCCCCAAGUUCUGCAAAGCCGGCCCUCUCCACCACUACCCGGCCCCCUCCCCCGAGGGCAGCAACCCUCCGGCGACCGGCGGCGGCGGCGGCGGCGGCACCAAGCCGUCCACGGACUUUCACAACCUGGCCCGGGAGCUGGAGAACUCCGGCGGAGGCGGCAGCUGCUCCCCGGUGCGGAGCCUGAGCAGCGGCAGCGGCGGCGGCGGCCACCAGGAGGCGGAGCUGAGUCCCGACGGCAGCGCCGCGAGCGGCGGCAAAGGGAAGAGGAAGUUCCCCGAGGAGGCGGCCGAGGGCGGCGGCGCGGGGCUGGUGGGGGGCCGCGGCCGCCUCGCCGAGCGGCCCCUGCCCGCCUCGCAGGAGGACCUGGUGUGCACGCCGCAGCAGUACCGCGCCGCGGGCAGCUACUUCGGCCUGGAGGACAGCGGGCGCCCCUUCGCGCCGCCCAGCCCCGAGACGGGCGAGGCGAAGCGCAGCGCCUUCGUGGAGGUGAAGAAGGCGGCCCGCGCGGCCGGCCUGCAGGAGGAGGCCGCCGCCGACGGCGGGGCUCCAGCCGCCGACGACCAGGAUGCGGGCGGCGGCGGCGGCGGCUCCUCCACGCCCGUGGCCGCCUCGCCGGCCGGUGCGGAGAAGCUGCUGGUCCCGCGGCCCGGGGGCCCGCUGCCCGGCCGGCUGGAGGGCGGCAGCCCGGCGCGGGGCAGCGCCUUCACGUCGGUGCCGCAGCUGGGGGGCGGCGGCGGCGGCGCGGGCGCGGGCGGGGCGGGCGGGGCGGGCGGCGGCCCGGGCGCGGCGGCGGACGAGCGCAAAAGUGCCUUCUCGCAGCCGGCGCGCUCCUUCUCGCAGCUGCCGCCGCUGGUGCUGGGCCAGAAGCUGAGCGCGCUGGAGCCGUGCCACCCCGGCGACGGGGUGGGCCCCGCCAGACUCUACCCCGCCGCCGCCGACCCCUUGGCCGUGAAGCUGCAGGGAGCCGCCGACCUGAACGCCGGCUGCGCGGCCCUGCCCGGCGGCGGCCUCCCCAAGCAGAGCCCCUUCCUCUACGCCACCGCCUUCUGGCCCAAGAGCUCGGCGGCCGCGGCCGCGGCGGGGCCCCUGCAGCUGCAGCUGCCCUCGGCGCUCACGCUGCUGCCGCCGUCCUUCACGUCGCUGUGCCUGCCCGCGCAGAACUGGUGCGCCAAGUGCAAUGCCUCCUUCCGCAUGACCUCCGACCUGGUGUACCACAUGAGGUCGCAUCACAAAAAGGAGUACGCCAUGGAGCCCCUUGUGAAGCGAAGGCGGGAGGAGAAACUCAAGUGCCCCAUUUGCAACGAGUCCUUCAGGGAGCGCCACCACCUCUCCAGGCACAUGACCUCCCAUAACUGACCUGGACGGGACCCCAGCUUUCCACGCGGCGCGUACACGCACAGUCAAGCCACCUGUAGGAGCAAGCACGCGAGGGCAUCCACCACCUCCUUGUGACCUGAAACACUGCACCCAGGGCGACAGUCUCACACUCACUUUCUCUCUCUCUCUCUCUCUCUCUCUCUCUCUCUCUCACCCCCCCCCCCACACACAUGCUCCUCCAGUCAUCUCAUUCAAAUGUUUACCUUCGACCUACACUACACACACACACACACACACACACACACACACACACACACACACACACGAGACAGGAUGGUGGAUUUUUGAUGGGUGGGUUGUUUGAGGGGUUUUCUUUUAAAUGCACGCAUUUUCACUUUCCCCAAAACAAAGAUACAUUUUUAAAAAUGUCAUAUAUUGCAACAUAUUGAUGCAUUUGUCAUACGUUUCUACUUAAAUUAUUAAGCACUUACAGUUUAGAUGUAAUAAUUAUAUGUAAGGGCAAAAUUUAUUUUAGAUAUAAAGUAAAGGAGGAGGGUGAGAUGCUUUCUGCAUUUACUGAUGACAGUUUGUGUUCUUAUAAAAAGGGGGUCACCAUUCCAUUUCCGUUUUCAGGGGGAAGCGCAUGUAUCAUGAAAUGAUUAUGGACUUCAAUGAAGAAUGUCAUCAUUAUGUAAAUAUGUAUUUCCUUUUAAUACAAAGUGUAACUUUUGUGCCAGUGAAAUGGAGUCUGAAUAGUUAUGUGUUCCUUUUAUCCCUGGAAAGAUUUAUUAAACUUUAUAGAUUAUCCGGGUAUGUUGGAUGCUUUGACAAUAAAUGACUAUUUUCUUCAGAGCAA